UCACACCUCAGAAGACCACAUAAUCAAUCUCAGUCACUUCAUUUUGAGAGACUGACAGAAUAGGAAAAGAGUCCAAUGUUAUGAACUAUAAUGCAGGCGAAACUUCUGGUGGGACCCAUUCCCACCGCAAUUGAUGGCUCCGUUGCGUUAUCCACCUUCUCUUCCUCCUCCUCCUCCUCCUUUAUCGCCGGCGUCACUUCCCUAAUUGGUCCUGCAUGGAACUGGGCCCGCCAUCAUAAUCGUUUAUCUCGUCUCCAUAAGUGGAGCUCCGUCGUGAUUGCAUCAUCAUCAUCGUCAUGGGCGGUUAUCGACGGCGAGCAAGACCACUACGCAGUGCUCGGCCUCGCUCGAAACGCCACGCUACCUGAUAUAAAACGAGCUUACCGCCUUCUCGCUCGCAAGUAUCAUCCUGAUGUCAGCAAGCAUUCGCAAGCUGGUGAACUGUUCAAGAGCAUCCGUCAUGCAUAUGAAGUGAGCAAUUCCUCUGACCUUUUGAUACUGUCAAAUGAAGUGUCAAGGACUCGAUAUGAUCGAGUACUUAGAUUUCAAGAGGAUACAAGCAGGCCAUAUAGCCGGAAACAGUAUUACAGUCCUCAAUUUGAAGAUGGGUUGAGGACCUAUAAAUGGGCUGAACUGAAGAGGAAAAUGCAGCGUGAAAGAUACUGGGAACGCCAUAAUGUAAGCAAGGAGAACUCUUCUGCUGACAGUGACACAGAAGAGUUGGCUGAAGAAGAAAACUUGGAUCAAGAAAGAGGCCCCUUUAGUGAAGUGCUUAGAUCUGUCUUCAUAUCUCUGUUUUUACUACGAAUCUUUGGUUCCCGAUUAUCUCUUGCAUUCAGCAGCCUGAUGGCUUUGUUUGACACCAAAUUGGAUACUGGAUAUAAGAUUGGUUAUUUGAUUGCAUGGAUUUUGGGUGGGAGAGGUGGGAUUUUGCUUACUCUCUGUCUCCAGUUUACAAGCUGGGCCUGUGGGAAAACCAGUAGCAGCAUGGUUGUUUUAAUAGUUGUAGCCAUGUGGGUUGGUUCCCAUCUUGCGAGGUAUGCUCCUCUCCCACAGGGUGCUCUUCUUACACUCUUGUAUAUGUCUAUCAAGCUACAAGCUGACCUAAACUGAAGCUAUUGUUGCUGCUUCUGUUGCUUGUUCAUUAAAUCAUUUGUAUUAAAUUCAUGUAAAUAUGGUUCUGUUUUGGCUCAUCCUCACAUGUGCAGAAUUACAUCCUUUGCAUUGACUCGACACCGGUAAUUCAUUUGCUGAUUAUCUCGUGCACAUGUGAGGAGAUGCACAUUGAAAUUAUCUGAAAUAUGUUGUAAAUUAUGUUGUUUUAGCCAAUGUAAUAAAUACCAUAUAUGCUGUCCUCAAAGGAAGGUUUUGCAGGUUAAGUGAUCACAA